ACUUUUGACAGUUGUUGAAACGAACAUAAUAUUUUGUUUCUAAAUUGUGGAGGUGCUUGUUUGUAAAUAUUGGGAAUAAAAAUUUUAUUAAAUAUUAAGAUAAUUAAACGACUUUAGGUCUAAAUUAAAAACCACAGACAUUAUAGUUUUUGAAAAAUGGAGAAAUAUAAAAUAGAUAAAAAUUUAUAUUCACUAGGCACUUUCUACCACUAAAAUUUGCCAGAUGUGCCAAAGGAGUUGAGGAUUUACUUAAUCUUAAUAUAAUCCAAGGAUUCCAAGAUGUUCUUUUUACUUUUUAAAAUAAAGUUAUUUAUCUGAAAAAAUUGGCAAUAAAUUCCAUUUUUCUGUAACAUGGAUGUGAAACAAGAAUCAAAUGAUAUAUUUGAUGAGAAUUACAAACAUGAACAAAACAAACAACUCUUUCUUGGUGGAAAAUAUGAUAAUAACAUGAUUAAUUUCACGAAAUAUGAGCUAGUUUCAAUAAAACAAGAAGACUUGAACAUUGAUAGGGAUCAAAAGGAAGAUACACAGCUAUCAAGCACAAAACUAGACAAUGCAGUUAUUCAUCAAAAAGCUGAAACAGUAGAGCAAUUUUGUCCAAAUGAAAUUGACAAUAAUCUAAAAAGUUUUGUUGGAAUUAAACAAGAGAAGGAUGUUUAUCAAGGUACUAACCAUUCACAGCGGCCACUUAAAUUGGACAUCAAUCAAAAUGGCAAAUUGACCAGAAAAAAUUGGUUACAAAAAGAAACUUUCCAACUAAACCAUAUGAAGAACUGGGUCCUCCUCGGUGGUAUAUCAAUUUGUAGGCUCUGUGGAAAUUUAUUCGCUAAGAAAUUUCAACUCAUUUAUCAUGUUGCACGACAUUUUGUCAAGAAAAGACGUUUUCAUACAACUAAUAAAAGUAUAAAAUCAAUUGAAACAAUGAAUCGUCGUAUUAAAUGUGAAUUAUUUGAUUCUAAAUCACUGGAUAUAUCAAAAAAUAUAAAAGACAAAUUGUAUAAUGUAGAUGAUAAAAAAUUAUUUGAAUGCGACAUUUGUUUAAAAAUGUUCAAAUGUAAAAGUAAGUUAGUUAGACACACACGUAUUCACACUGGAGAAAAACCAUUUACUUGUAAAAUUUGUUCCAAAUCGUUCACAUGCAAACGAAAUUUAAUUCACCAUAUGCUUCGUCACACAGGAGAAAAACCAUUCAAAUGUGAAAUUUGUUUAAAAUUAUUCACAGUUCGAAGUGGUUUGGUUGAACAUAUGAGUUGUCAUACCGAGGAAAAACCAUUCAAAUGUGAUAUUUGCACAAAGUUUUUCGCUAGAAGAAGAGAUUUAGUAAGGCACACAAAGAGAAUUCAUAUUAAAGAAAAACCUUUCAAAUGUGAAAUUUGUUCUAAAUUAUUCUCAGUAUCAAAUGAUUUAGUUAAACAUAACAGAACUCAUACAAGGGAAGAACCAUUCAAAUGUGAAAUUUGUUUCAAAUUGUUCACACUCAAAAGUAAUUUAUCCAGACACAUGCGCAGUCACACCGGAGAAAAACCACAUAAAUGUGAAAUUUGUUCCAAAUUGUUCACAUGGAAAGGAAGUUUAGUUUAUCACAUGCGCUGUCACACCGGAGAAAAACCACAUAAAUGUGAAAUUUGUUCCAAAUUGUUCACAGUCCAAAGCAGCUUAGUUAAACAUAUGCGUUGUCACACUGGUGAAAAACCAUUUAAAUGUGAAACUUGUUUGAAAUGUUUCACGGUCAAAAGUAGUUUAAUUAGACAUAUCCGCAAUCACACUGGUGAAAAGCCUUAUCACUGUGAAAUUUGUUACAAAAAUUUCUCAAUUAAAAGUAGUUUGGUGCGUCACAUGUUUGUACAUACAGGAGAAAAACCAUUCAAGUGUGAAAUAUGCUCUAAAUUGUUCAACAUUAAAAGUAACUUACUUAAACACAUUCGCACACAUAGUUUGAAAUGUGAGAAAUUUGUUUAGGCAUGUACAAAAAUAGAUUUAUAAGGCCCGGGGCUGGAAUAAUGAUGGGGCCCCCUUAAGGAAUUCGAAAACCCGGAAAAACAUUUCCAAUAAAUUAAUUAUACUACAUAUUUCCUGUACAAAUAAUUGUUACAUAUAUUAUUUCAAAAGUAUUUAUUAUAACUAUAUUUUAGAAACUCAAUAACAAUAUAUACAUUUAUAUGCUGUUUUGAGUACUACAGAAUGUUUUCCAAAUGAUGGGGCCCUGGGCUAUAGCCCCCCAAGCCCCCAACUUAAUCCGGCUUUGACAAUAAAAGUUCAGUUUCUAGUUCUAGUUUUUGUCCAAUUUUAGAAGAAGGUUCUCUAGAUAACUCAUAACAAAGACCAUAUUUGAAGCUUCACUUGAUAAUUUUGAAUCAAAAUGAAAUUAUUAAUUUUCAAAUCUAUAGAAUUCUUUGAUGCAAAGAAACUAUCAACGACGUCGCUUUUUUAAGACUACUUCACGUUCAGUAAACAAUGUCACACACACAUUCUUUAUUUUUGUACUGUGUAACCUAACCUAACCUAACCUGUAAUUUUAUCGCAUUGUAAUUUUUAAUUUGUGUGCAUUUUUUAAUAAAUCUAUAUUAUAGGUACAUACAA